AAUGAUAAAGAAAAGACUAUCCAUAUUGCAAAGUUAGGCGAUGAAAUUAAGGAAAUUAAACAAUCUUCUGUUAAUACCACUCCUACUGGAAUGGCAAAUUCUAAUAUUUCUGAACAGGUAGAAAAUAGUUCCAAUAUAUGCCAGGAAAAUGAUGGUCGAUGUUCUAAAAUGCCUCAAGAGCUCAACUCGGUUAUUCAACCAUGCAAUAAUUUAAUAUCCGAAGCUGGUGAAAACGUCGACCUAGGUUCACUCAAGUGUCCUACCUCUGAUACAGUGAUCUAUGAUCAAAAGAGAGUUGCUGGGGGUAACAGAUCACAUAAGAAAAAAGGAAUGGAUGAACUCAAGCACAAAUUAUUUAAUCCCCCUUUGGAAUCAGAUAGUUCAUCCUCUAUAAACCAUAAUAAUGCGACUGAAAUUUUCGGGACGGGCCGUCUCGGAAAAGUUACCUAUGACAACAUUGAUAAAGCUUUACAACAUCUAGCUCAAUUAUGUGAUAAAGCUAUCGAUGCUGAAGAUAAAGCAAAUCGAGCUAACCAGGAAGAAAUUCUAUGUUGGUGCCUCUACUGGAAGGAUUUUAGAAAUCAGCUUGAUGAGAUUAUUAGAAGUGGUGGUGGUAAAAUUGGUAAAAAGAAGGCACAAAGUAUACUUUAUAAUACCAUUACAGAACAGCUUUCUAUCCUCUGCAAGAAAAGAUCACAAGAAUUGGGGCUACAACUUCGGGAC